GAUGGGGGCAGUCUGCGUUGAACCUGCGGGGAUAACAUUUGAGGGCCAAACCCUCGACGGAAAACCCAAUCUUCGACGGCGUUAAUAAAAUACCCGGCUCCGGAUCGAUAUCUUCGCCUCGUCGCUCCUGUAGACUGGAUCGCUCGUAAGAAGGAGCACGGAGGAGAUCGCGGAGAUGGCGACCGGCGGCAAAGCGGUUCUCGAGGACGUUCCGUCGCUGGAUCUGAUGACGGAGCUCCUCCGCCGCAUGAAAUGCUCGUCGAAGCCCGACAAGCGCCUCAUCCUCAUAGGUCCACCGGGUUCCGGAAAGGGUACCCAAUCUCCUAUUAUUAAGGAUGAAUAUUGCUUGUGUCAUUUGGCAACUGGUGACAUGUUGAGAGCUGCUGUGGCUGGUAAGACCCCUUUAGGUAUUAAAGCUAAAGAAGCUAUGGAUAAGGGAGAUCUUGUUUCUGAUGACUUGGUCGUUGGGAUAAUUGAUGAGGCUAUAAAAAGGCCAUCAUGCCAGAAAGGUUUCAUUCUUGACGGAUUCCCAAGGACAGUAGUUCAAGCAGAAAAGCUUGAUGAUAUGCUAGCAAAGCAAGGUACCAAGAUUGACAAGGUGCUCAACUUUGCAAUUGAUGAUGCCAUUUUGGAGGAAAGAAUCACUGGGCGUUGGAUUCAUCCAUCUAGUGGCAGGACUUAUCAUACAAAGUUUAAUCCUCCAAAGGUUCCUGGUGUCGAUGAUGUAUCUGGAGAACCCUUGAUCCAGAGGAAGGAUGACACAGCUGAAGUCCUCAAGUCAAGGCUUGAAUCUUUUCAUAGGCAAACUGAACCUGUUAUUGAUUACUACAGAAAAAAGAGCAUUGUCGCUCAACUUCAUGCUGAGAAGUCCCCCAAAGAAGUCACUAUCGAAGUGCAGAAGGUUCUUUCCUGAGAGAAAUCCUCCACUGUUCUCUGUUCAACUUCAAUGCUCCUUUGAUAAUUCAGAUUUUUUUUGUUUUCCCUUUUCCCAUGACUCGAUUAAAACUUUCUGAAUAUGUUAUUCUCAUAUUCGGCCAAAACAUUUGCAGUUGCAUCGAAAUAAACGAUUAGAAACGAAGAGGUCUGUUGUAUUUUUUAUUGGAGAUUUCAGCUUCAAGUUACUGCAACCCUAGUAGUUUCCUUUCAAAGUUUAAAGCCUUAUCUCGUUAUGCUAUCA